CUUGCGAGAAAGAGAACCCUCAAAAUGAGAACCUUGCCGAAGAUCGUUUUGCCACGAAUGAACUUGACAUCGUCCUUCAGAAUUCUUUUGAGAGGUCUCCACACGAUAGAUGUCGACGUUGCUGUCAUUGUUGGUCUCCUUCCAUGUACUAGCUAGUAUUCUUUAGAAAGGCAAUCAACAUCACAGAAAGAAUUCUCUUCAUUAUCGGUUAGACUUGUUUCGUUUCAUUAUAUUCAUUCUGAUCAUGAUGAAAUCCGUUGCCAAAUUGCUCUGCUGCCUUUUGCUGUUGUUCUUGUUGUGUCCAACAACAGCCCUUGCCUGGACUUGGACCGCUGUGCCCGUCGGGAAAGCUCCUCGUGUCAGUGGCCAUGUUGCGGCAACGGACGCCAAAAAAGAUCGUGUCAUUGUCUUUGGGGGUCUCACUGGGAAUGCCGGAUCUCCUUGCACGGAUCAAUUGUGGACCUUUUCCGACAAUAAGGAAUGGAGCUUGGUCAAGAACAGCGGUAGUAGUGGACCCGGACCACGCAUGUAUUCGGCCGCGGCCGUCCUCCAUGAUACUCUGUAUCUAGUGGGAGGAUGGGAUCCUGGUGCACCCAAAAGUGGAGGCACGUUUCUCGAUGAGAUAUGGACUCUCGAUUUGACUGCUGAAAAUUUGGAAUGGAAAAAGGAAGAAUCGAAUACUCUACCCUGUGGUCCAGUCUCUCGUCAUGCCGCGUGCACGGUGGGCGACGACACUCUUGUGGUACACACAUUUCGAGGAGUCGUGGUUUUGACAUCUGAUGGGGAAUGGAAGGAACAAGAAACAUCCGGAGAGGCCCCGGAAGGGUUGAGUAUGUGUGCCAUGUCGCCAUUAACCGAUACCUCUUUGCUCGUUUUUGGAGGAUCCACCCAAACGCAACAGCUCUCGGCGGAUGCUUUUGUGCUCGACACGAAAACUUGGGAAUGGACCAAACUGGAUUGUAGUUCUGCCGGCCCUAGUCCACGUGCCAGUCCCUCGGCCGCACACAUUGGCGACAAUCAGUGCGUCAUUUUUGGUGGGGCGUCUCUGGGUGAUGGUGGGUACCAAGGAGGGGCCGGAUUGCAGGCGCAAGGAGAUGCAUGGGUCCUAACAGUGGAUGGUAGCAAAUGCGUGUGGGAGAAAAUCGAAACCAGUAAUGGUCCCAAACCUCGAUUGGCUGCAUCACUCUGCUCAGCUUCCAGUGACAGCGGAUUGUUGCUGCAAGGAGGCUGGGACCCAGCUGGUGAAACGUUUGAGGAUACGUGGAUCUUACAGUAGAGCACCAGGCCAGGCAUGCCAACCUCUAUAGAAACAUGUUACUGCUCAGAGACAAUACAAACACAAACAAUCCAACCGGGAACCAAGGCCUCCCAGAGCAAAGAUUGUCCACCAGAGCGAGCAAGCAGACAAGAACACAGAGGACAGACGCAAGACAACAAUCACACAUGUGGUAAUAUUCUAAUAGUAAAAUCAGUUUGUAACUGGC